AUGAAAGUCAUAAUUGCUGGUGCCGGCGUCGCAGGCCCGGCCAUUGCCUUUUGGCUCGCAAAAGAGGGCCAUGAUGUCACCCUCGUGGAGCGAUUUCCCUCACUCCGGGUCGCUGGUUUACAAGUCGACCUGCGCAAUGAGGCGAUUGAAGUGGUGCGUCGGAUGGGUCUGCUAUCGACUGUCCGCAAACGAUCUGUUCCCGAGAUGGGCACCAUCAUUGUCGACUCCAAGGGCGAGGAGAAUAUCGUGCAGAGAAAACUCGAAGUCGAGACGGAAAGUGGCGUGCAAGGAAAGACGAGCGCCUACGAGAUUAUGCGCCGCGAUCUCAUCGAGAUUCUCCACGACGCAACAAAAGAAAACGUCACGUACCGCUUCGGCCUUUCCGUCGACCACUACCAAAACAUCAAGGGCGACGAGAGCAGCGAGGACGGCCCCAAGACGGACAAGGUCGAGGUGACGCUCUCCGACGGCAGCAAGGAGCAGUACGACCUCCUCGUUGCAGCCGAUGGGCAGGGCUCGCGCAUCCGCAAGCACAUGUUCUUCUACCGGCCCGAGGAGGACCAGUCGCGGUGGCUGGGCGUCUUUUCGGCCUACUUCACGCUCCCGCGGCGCGACUACGACACGAGCUUCUGCCGCAUGUACCACGCGACGGAGCGGCGGCUGGCCAUGACGCGCUGGCACGCCCAGGACACGGGCCAGGUGUACCUCAUGGCCAUGAGCCACACGGAGCGCUUCCGGCGCGCGCUCGACCGCGACGUUGCCAGCCAAAAGGACGCCUUCGCCGCCGUCUUUGCCGGCAUGGGCUGGCAGGAGGAGCGCAUCCUGGCCGCGCUCACCGACGCCGAGGACUUUUACGCCGACGAGAUGCUGCAGCGGCGCAGCACCACGUGGUCCCACGGCCGCGUGGUGCUGCUCGGCGACGCGGCGUACUGCGCAUCCCCCAUCGCCGGCGUCGGGUCCAGCAUGGCGCUCAUCGGCGCAUACGUGCUCGCCGGGGAGCUGGCCGUGCACGGGCCGCGCGAGGUCGGCGCCGCGCUCCGCUCGUACCACGAGGUCAUGCGGCCGCUCGCCGAGCAGAGCCAGCGCCUGCCCAAGCGCUCGCUGCAGGCCUGGCUGCCGCUGUCGAGCUGGGCCGUCAAGCGGCUGCACGUCACCGAGUGGGUGCGCAGCAAGGGCCGCGGCGCCCAGCCGUGGGCGAAAAAGGUCCGCGACCAGCGCUGGCUGCUGCCCGACUACCCGGAGAUGUGCUGGCGGUCCCGGUCCGCCGCGUGGGGCGUGAGCGUGCCGCCCUCGACGGCCCGGUCGUCGCUGACCGAGGACUCGCGGUCCAGGUCGUUUUGGUCGCCCGGCGCGUACAGCUCGGCGUCGUCGGUCGCCGCCGACGAUAUCUGGCUGCCGUCGCAUGAGCUGCGGAAGGAAGAGGCGGCGCGGCGCGUCGACACGCCGCCAGCGAGGCCCGACUGGCCGCUGGCUACGAUUCCGUCUUGCUCCAGUUGUGAGCACUGUUCCAAGAAUACGGGUGUGUGCUAG